AUGGUGCUCUCGGCUUGGUGGGCAUUGCUCACCCUGGCCCUGGCUGCCUUCGAGCUGCAGAGUGAAGCUGCUCGGAGAGGGAAGAACAGGACACUGGAUACAGCCAAGCCGGCCCUGCUCCAGCUCUCUGAGCACCUGCUGACUCAUUACAACAAGGGCGUCCGGCCAGUUCGGGACUGGAGGACAACCACCAACGUGGCCAUUGACGUCAUGGUCUAUGCCAUUCUCAACGUGGAUGAAAAGAAUCAGGUGCUGACAACCUACAUCUGGUACAGACAGCACUGGAUCGACGAGUUCCUCAAGUGGGACCCCGACAACUUUGAUAACAUCACGCAGGUGUCCCUGCCCACUGAGAGCAUCUGGGUGCCCGACAUCCUCAUCAACGAGUUCGUCGACGUGGGCAAGUCCCCCGACAUCCCCUACGUGUAUGUCCUGCACCAAGGGGAGGUGCAGAACCUCAAGCCCAUCCAGGUGGUGACCGCCUGCAGCCUGGACAUCUACAACUUCCCCUUCGACGUGCAGAACUGCUCGCUCACCUUCACCAGUUGGCUGCACAACAUCCAGGACAUCAACCUCUCGCUGUGGCGGCAUCCUGAUCAGGUGAAGUUCGACCGCAGCGUCUUCCUGAACCAGGGGGAAUGGGAGCUGCUCUGCGUGCUCAGCCACUUCCGCGAGUUCAGCGUCCAGGGCAGCGACAGCUACCCCGAGAUGAAGUUCUACGUCGUUAUCCGGAGACGCCCUCUCUUCUAUGCCGUCAGCUUGCUGCUCCCCAGCAUCUUCCUCAUGGUCAUGGACAUUGUGGGCUUCUACCUGCCUCCAGACUGCGGCGAGAGGGUCUCCUUCAAGAUCACCCUGCUGCUGGGUUAUUCCGUCUUCCUGAUCAUCGUGUCCGACACGCUGCCAGCCACUGCCAUUGGCACCCCGCUCAUAGGCAUCUACUUCAUCGUGUGCAUGGCCCUGCUCGUCCUCAGCCUGACCGAGACCAUCCUGAUCGUGCGGUUGGUGCACAAGCAGGACCUGCAGCCCCACGUCCCUGACUGGGUCAAGUGGCUGGUGCUGGACCGAGCCACCGUCCUGCUCUGCUGCCGUGACAGGAAGCAGUUCAGCCCCAUGUGGGCGCAGAGAGCCGAGAGCACCCGGCACUUGGAGAGCAAUGACAGCUCAACCAAGCUGAACCACUACAGCGGCGAGAUCCCCCAGGAGUACGAGGGGGCAGGGGGCAUGAGGCCCAUGCUGACCACCCUGGCCCGCGGGGAGAGCCCAGCCAUGAUGCACAGCAUCCUCCAGGAGAUCAUUUCCAUCCGCCACUUCCUGGAGAAGCGGGAUGCUUCCCGCGCCAUCGCCUGCGAGUGGCUGCAGGUGGGCUACGUGCUGGAUGCCCUGCUCUUCCGCGCUUACCUGGUGGCCGUGCUGGCCUACAGUGUCACACUGGGCACGCUCUGGUCCAUCUGGCAGUAUGCCUGA